GUCAUUUGUCAGCUGUGUGGAGCAAACUUUUUCGUUUCGCUCUUGCUCGCAGUCGCCAGAGUCCAAAAUUUUCGAUAAACAAAGUGCGGUUUUGGCGUUGUUCCACGUAAGAGACUAAAUUCUAAUUGAUUCUUGUACGGGUUCCUCCCUAUCGUUAUAUUUAGUUGAUUGGAAUUAUAAAGUGCUGACUUAAAUGUGAACAGUUGUGUUACAGAGUCUAUGAACAAUGGUUUACCGAUAUAGUGAACGGCAACUUUGUCAUUUGAGGAUGUGACCAUUUGACGGCGCCCUGAGGAAGAAGCUGGAGGAAUCCCCAGAGUUAGAAUACCGAUUAAUGUCCAGUGCGAAGUUAUCUUCCAGUUUCACACGAUUGAGUAGAGCCGAUUCUUAGGGCAAUGCGUCCACGAAAAACGUUCUUCAUAGCGGCCAUCCUGGUGGGAUGGGUUUUCACGACCUAUUUAAUAUUCCUGAAGAAUUUCAAAGAUCCCAGUCCUCACAAAAAUCAGCAGAUGCUGGAAAAAGUUCGAUACCUGGAGCAAAACAUUCAACUGGCCGAGGAGAACAGAGACAAACUGUACCGAGAGAUAAUUAAUAUACUGCAGAAAGAGGAGAAAACCACCAGCACGGAAUCCGCCCCCUUGGUGGCCAAUAACGUAGAUUUGGGCGAAAUUCCGGCGCAAAUCGUUGAGACCCCUCCCAGACCGGAAGCAGAAGUGGCGUUGAGCAAAUUGCAGCAAAAGUUCAUUAACGAUGACAUCAACAGUCCGGUCAUUCCGGUGCUGGUUUUCGCCUGUAAUCGGCUUUCGGUCAAUCGCUGUCUGGACGACCUCAUUAAACAUCGUCCCCGGCCGGAUCAGUUCCCGAUCAUCGUUUCGCAGGAUUGUGACGAUGAACCGACCCGGAAUAUGAUUCUGUCCUACAAGGAAAACGUAACGCUCAUUCGCCAACCGGAUCAAUCCGAUAUCACUGUUCUUCCGAAGGAGAAGAAGUACAAAGGUUACUAUAAAAUCGCCCGCCACUACGGAUGGGCGCUGAAAACCGUGUUCCGACAAGGGUUCGAAUCGGUGAUAAUCGUCGAGGACGACCUCAGCAUCGCACCGGACUUCUACGAGUACUUCCUGGGGACGUACCCGAUUCUGAAGAGGGACCGCUCGCUGUGGUGUAUUUCGGCCUGGAAUGACAACGGCAAGGAGGGGCUGAUCGAUGGCGGGGCCGGUGAUCUGCUGUAUCGGUCGGACUUCUUCCCCGGACUCGGCUGGAUGAUGACCAAGGAGCUGUGGAACGAGCUAGCGCCCAAGUGGCCGAAAGCGUUUUGGGACGAUUGGAUUCGGCAACCGGAGCAGCGAAAGGAACGAGCUUGUAUCCGACCGGAACUGCCUCGCACACGUACCUUCGGAAAGGUUGGAGUGUCAAACGGCCUAUUCUUUGACAAACAUCUUAAAUAUAUUAAGCUCAGUGAAGACUUUGUCAGCUUUACGAAAAUGAAUCUAACGUAUUUGCAAAAGAGUGUUUACGAUGAGAUAUUUCUGAAGGCUGUCUAUCAGAGUCCUGUAGUGACCCUAGAUGAACUGAAACGCGGACUAGUGACAACACAGGAACCAGUGCGGAUAACCUAUUUAACCAAAGAGCAGUACAAACGAGCCACGAAGAGCUUAGGACUGAUGGAUGAUUUUAAGAGUGGAGUACCACGCACUGCCUAUCGCGGAGUGGUAUCGUUCUUCUACAAUGGGCAGCGAGUCUAUUUGGCGCCAAACACCAACUGGAAAGGUUACGAUUUGACCUGGAGUUAACAGCAACGGAUAGUCUAUAGCCAGCGGUCGAGUUUUAGUCUAUUUCUAAGCAAUCUUUUUAAGUUAAUUUAAACUUUGCUAAAAUCGAAAACUACCGGCUUGGGGUAGUCGAAUAAAGCAUUUCCCCAGCUACAGCGCUAAAAUCAACAGACUGAAAACUAUUGAUGUUCCCCAAAAGAAAUGCGAUGCUCAAGAUAGGCCUCGACAGAUAACCACCUUUAUUACAAUGUCCCCCAACGGACCCGCAAGAUAACAUCACAUUAUCUUUCAUUCCUGUUUUUUAUAUAGUAUGUGAAUUAAGUUUUUUCUUUGAAACUUUUACAGUAAUUUCCGUACCUCUUACUUUAUUCACUGCAUACCUACUAAGUUUGACCUGUUACCACCGCAAAUCGACAACCAUCCAGUGUUUCGCUUCUCGAUUGUCGCUUCGACGGUGAUGUUAUUCUAACUUAUAUGUGCUUUAGAUGUUAGUUUUCGGUCGGGGACAUGCAUUAGGAUUAGAUUUUAAUUUAUUUUACAGAGAGUGGUUGAACCAGUUACGCAACUAUACCUGAGAAGCUAUGCUAAAUCAAUGCAGCAAUUGAUUAAAAAUGAGUUAGUAAGUGUUUUUAUUUUGAAUUUUAUACUAGUCAAAACAAUUAUCGGAGAGACACCAUUUGAAAUGAAAGUAACUUGAUUAUUGUAAGGAAUGGCAUUUAAAUUGUGUUUUUAUAUAGAAGAGAAGCUAGAGAAAGCAAUACUGUAAGAAUAGAAAAUAUAUAAAAAAACAGGCGCUGUCUAUGAACCCCAAAUCAAAAGUCAAUCCUAACAAAUCAGCGAACAGAAAACCAUAAAACGUAUUUGAAAUGCCCAAUCUGACUAACGUGAGCUGAUUUACUGCAAUCACAGCUGAGCAAAAAGACCUGUUUGUGUAUAAAAUCUGUGGUUCGUUGACUAUCUAUUAAGUUCGAUAUUCAUAAAAAUAAUGCACAAAAAAAAACAAUGAAGA